AUGUUCAAUGUUCACCCGUCGGACAGCGUGCAAGUGUUUGAUGGCACCAGCACUAGUGGUCUACGCUUGCACCCAGGCAAUGGGUUCUCAGGCUCCGCAGUACCCAAGAUCACGCUCACUGCCUCCAGUGGUACUAUGCUCGUACGGUUCACCACUGACGCCCUCCACAACAGCAAGGGCUGGCACGCAGAACUGCCCAGUGCUGAGGCCGGGAGAGGGAGCUCUAGCCUCGAACAGGGAUACAGCGUUUGGCACCGUUGUGGUGUUCACCUGUCCCGAUUGGCCAGGAGUUUUGCGACUGGCACGAGCAAGAUCACCACAGAGUGUCUUCCAGGAGGCAACUGGAGUGUCUCGUACAUCCCGAGGUGCCAGGAGGUGUACUGCGGCCCUGUCCCUCAGAUCGACAACGGCUUCUCUAUAGGCUCCAGCAACGUCACGUAUCGAGGAGAGGCGCUAUACCAGUGUUACGCUGGGUUCGCCUUUCCUUCCACUCUGCCUUUUGAGAAGGUUUCCUGUCUGGCUGAUGGCCGUUGGGAGCGAUUGCCCACCUGUCUCGCGUCUCAGUGCCCUCCGCUGCCCGAGACUGCCCAUGCCAACUCAACAAUCCUCAAUGGCGGUGGUCGCAGCUAUGGAACUAUCGUACGCUUCGAAUGUGAGCCCGGCUACGUCAGAACUGGCCACCCGGUCAUCCUCUGCAUGAGCAACGGAACCUGGUCCAGUGCUCCACCAACUUGCUCAAGAGCAAUGUGUCCUAAGCUACCGGAGAUCGCUAAUGGAUUUGUCAUUGAGGCAUCUCAGAGAUAUUUCUUCGGUGAUGAAGCUCGUGUCCAAUGCCACAAGGGCUUCAAGCUGGUCGGAGGUUCUAAUAUCAUUCGCUGCGGUCCCGAGCAGACGUUCCUCAACCCUCCAAAAUGUGAAGACAUCAAUGAGUGCGCUAGCAGCCAGUGUGAUCAGGCAUCCACAGAGUGCAUUAACACUCCCGGCAGCUUCUACUGCAAGUGCCGCAGUGGCUUCACAACCACCAUGGACUGCAGACCUGUAGGCGACCUGGGCCUCACCUCCGGCGGUAUCCCUGACGAAUCUGUUACAGUUUCCAGCUCGGAAGUCGGAUAUCCUAAAGAGUUGAUCCGGCUGAACAGUGGCGUUGGAUGGUGUGGUACCAAUAUCGAACCAGGGUUCAACUGGGUUCUGCUGGACCUCAAGGCUCCUACCAUAGUCCGAGGGUUCCGUACCCAGAGCGUCCAACGGUCAGAUGGGAGUCUGGCCUUCACAUCAGCCGUUAGAAUACAGUACACCAACAACCUAACAGACGUCAUGAAGGACUACACCAACCCUGAUGGAACUCCUGUCGAAUUUAGAAUCCUCGAACCGACUCUUUCCGUGCUGAACUUGCCUGCUCCGAUCGAAGCUCAGUACAUCAAAUUUAAAAUUCAGGAUUACAACGUCGCGCCCUGUCUCAGACUGGAAGUGAUGGGCUGUACAAGACUAGAAUGCUCUGACAUCAACGAGUGCGCCACCAACAAUGGUGGUUGUGAUCAGAAGUGUAUUAAUAGCCCCGGGAGCUACGGAUGUGUCUGUAACGUCGGCUAUGAACUGUUCUCCUCCAACGGUACAGCUGGGUUCAACGUGGACAAGGCUGAAUCUGGCGAGAAGGACGGAGACAUCUUCCAGUACAACAAGACCUGCGUGCCCGUCAUGUGUCCACCCCUGGAGGCUCCAGAGAACGGCAUCAUUCUGACCACUCAGGAGUCCUACCACUUCGGCGACCUCGUCAGUUUCCAUUGCCACUUCGGCUUCGUGAUGGCCGGCUCCGCCUCGCUGCUCUGUACGUCAGGAGGUGUCUGGAACGGAUCUGUGCCGGAGUGCCAGUAUGCCAAGUGUGUGAGUCUGCCCGAUGAUGUAGAAGAAGGACUCUCAGUCCUGCGCUCAGACAGGGAAAGUGUCCUUGUACCGUUCAGAGAGAAUGUAACGCUCAAGUGUAGCAACAAUGGACGUCAGCUCAGAGGCAACCGCAACGUCAAGUUUCCGACAGUGCGUUUAUGAUCCUAAGCCUGGCUUCCCAGAAUACUGGCUCUCCGGAAGCAGUCCGGGAUGUCCCAGAGCAGACUGUGGUCUACCGGUACCCCACUCCGGGAGCCGAGUACGGUAACUACGUGGACACACGCUACCAGUCCUCAUUCUUCUUCGGCUGCCA